AGAAGAAAUAUUAAAGACACAGUCUUCAGAAGAAAUGGCUCAAAGGCAGCCUCACUCACCUAAUCAGACUUUAAUUUCAAUCACAAAUGACACAGAAUCAAGCUCUGUGGUUUCUAACGAUAACACAAAUAAAGGACGGAGCGGGGACAACUCUCCAGGAAUAGAAGCAUUGUGUGCCAUCUAUAUUACUUAUGCUGUGAUCAUUUCAGUGGGCAUCCUUGGAAAUGCUAUUCUCAUCAAAGUCUUUUUCAAGACCAAAUCCAUGCAAACAGUUCCAAAUAUUUUCAUCACCAGCCUGGCUUUUGGAGAUCUUUUACUUCUGCUAACUUGUGUGCCAGUGGAUGCAACCCACUACCUUGCAGAAGGAUGGCUGUUCGGAAGAAUUGGUUGUAAGGUGCUCUCUUUCAUCCGGCUCACUUCUGUUGGUGUGUCAGUGUUCACGUUAACAAUUCUCAGCGCUGACAGAUACAAGGCAGUUGUGAAGCCACUUGAGCGACAGCCCUCCAAUGCCAUCCUGAAGACUUGUAUAAAAGCUGGCUGCGUCUGGAUCGUGUCUAUGAUAUUUGCUCUACCUGAGGCUAUAUUUUCAAAUGUAUAUUCUUUUCGAGAUCCCAACAAAAAUGUGACAUUUGAAUCGUGUACCUCUUAUCCUGUCUCUAAGAAGCUCUUGCAAGAAAUACAUUCUCUGCUGUGCUUCUUAGUGUUCUACAUUAUUCCACUCUCUAUUAUCUCUGUCUAUUAUUCUUUGAUUGCUAGGACCCUUUAUAAAAGCACCCUGAACAUACCUACUGAGGAACAAGGCCAUGCCCGUAAGCAGAUUGAAUCCCGGAAGAGAAUUGCCAGAACGGUAUUGGUGUUGGUGGCUCUGUUUGCCCUCUGCUGGUUGCCAAAUCACCUCCUGUACCUCUACCAUUCAUUCACUUCUCAAACCUAUGUAGACCCCUCUGCCAUGCAUUUCAUUUUCACCAUUUUCUCUCGGGUUCUGGCUUUCAGCAAUUCUUGCGUAAACCCCUUUGCUCUCUACUGGCUGAGCAAAACCUUCCAGAAGCAUUUUAAAGCUCAGUUGUUCUGUUGCAAGGCAGAGCAGCCUGAGCCUCCUGUUGCUGACACCUCUCUUACCACCCUGGCUGUGAUGGGAAGGGUCCCGGGCACUGGGAACAUGCAGAUGUCUGAAAUUAGUGUGACCUCGUUCCCUGGGUGUAGUGUGAAGCAGGCAGAGGAUAGAGUCUAGCUUUCCAGUGAAAAAUGC